UUUGUUGUUUUUUUCGUUCAUGUUUGAAGUACUUGCAUCUUUGUGUAAUUGUUUACUUUCGAUAACAACAGAUUACACUGCGCGUUAAACAGUUUUUCUUGCUUCUGUUCGAACUGCUGAUAAUGGUUUAAAGCAAUGGUGAAGCGUUUCUUACGCUCCGUCAGUCAUAAAGAUUGCUGGAUCGAUUCGUGUCGGGUCAUGUGAGAGGUGGUUUUUUUAUGUGCAAAAUCGAUUCUGGUUUGAAAUAGUGGAGAAGGGAGAGCACACAGCUUUCCGAACGCACGGUGCACGUGAUGAUUCAUAGCAAUUCAUGUAAAACAAACCCAACAAAAAACAAAUCUUACCAUUAGCUGUGCAGAAUUCGUACGAGGUAUUUGGUGGCCAUUACCUGUACCUGUUGGUUCGUAACGCAAUUGUUAACCAUCGGAAAGCAAGCUAUAGCUACGAUACGAUACGCAAAUUCAUAAUGUGUAGAUGUGUGCAUGAAGUGCAUUAUGCUGACAGCUGGCAAUUGACAAGGUAACAACAAAGAAAGGCAAAAAAGGGGGAUAACGCAUCUCCCAUUUUAACGGUAAAUCGCUAAAAACCAGUAGCUGUAGAGAGCAUAGUAGUGCUGAGAGCGAAAGAAAGAGUCCGAUCAGUUUUCAUUCUUGCUCUCUGAAUCGCCGCUCUCAUCCCUGUGCUAGACAGCAUAGUGCGAUGAGCAGCAUAUUUGUUUACGUUACGACGUCAUCAUCGUAGUGCAGUGUGGUGGUGUCUAUCCAGAAGAAAGCAUAGAAUGACGACGACAGCGACUGCUGUUGGUGUUGCAGCAUAGAGUAGAGUGGUGUUACUGUGUGUAGCGUAGAAUUGAUCGACCAGUAGCAGCACUGCUUCGUGUCAGCAAUAAUCGUGUGCGAGCCCAUUCGUAACGUUUCUGUUCUAUAUUUUGUUACAGUAUAUGAACACUAAUAAAAGUUAAUUCCCUGCGAUAUUCUAAGUUGUACGCAACGGUGUGAUAAAUCGAUUCGUUUUUUUUGACGUCAUCGAAAGGAAAAAAGAAAAUCCAUUCAUUAUUGCCCCAGUAGUGUGUGUGUGUCUAGCAGGAUAGUGAUUUUUAGGAAUGUUCCAAAAUAAUAAGAAUACCACAAUUCGUAUUAUGCGUGUUUAGGAAGGUGUAACUAGCAACAACAACAAAAAUCAUAUCGAUAUACUCACACUCACGCACCCUUGAGUGUAUGAGUACUAGUGACAACAACAGUGCGCAAUAGUUGAAAACAAAGAGUGCAAUAGGCACAACAUCGUAGUAAACAGCGGAAAGCUUCAAAACCCAGGCAGGCAAAUCCUGUGCGUGAGCGUUUGAUUUUACCUGCUGUCUGUGUGUGUGUGUGCGCGUUUGUUUGUGUGUUUAAGCUUAAAUUAAAGCAACAUCGUUAAGCUACGGUAAAACAAAUAUGUUGGGACGUGUGCGACUCAAAGAGAACGGCAUCAUGGAUGAGGAGCUUCCGACCCUGCUGGAGACGACCAUUCGCUUCCUGGCGAAGAAUCUCCACGUCAUAUGUAACACCGAUCCGGUCACGCAUCAGCUGGAGCUGAAGGACGACGUGGUCGUACCGAACGAAAUUUGCGACAGGUUCCUUCGCUACCAGCAAGAUUGCGGGCAGGACAUCAACGAUCGCUUUAUACAGAUAUUCCGUGAUACGGAGAAAACCCCACUGCGUCAUGUCAGCCUGCGGAACAGCACCAUUACGAACGAGGGCAUGCGCAUACUGUUGCGACACCAGCUCAACUCGCUGUCGAUGUGGUACUGCAACAAGAUCACGACCGCGUCCUGGAAUAUCCUGAUCGAGCACUGUCGGCAGUUGCGUUCGCUCGAGCUCGGCCGGUUUGUCGAUAUGCUGAAGCAUAGCGAACCGAACGAGAAAACACCGAUCGACUUUCAGCUGCUGUUGCCCCGUCUGCAGCGUCUGAAGCUGAACGGUGUCGUGCUGCAGCCAACGAUACAGUUCAGCCAUCUGACCGAGCUGUGUCAUCUCGAUCUGACGGCGUGCAUCUUCGCCGAGUUCAGCCUGAAGGCGCUGGUCGACCUACCGAACCUGCGCACGCUCAUCCUGUUCAACGUGUGGCCACUGGAGCACGAGUUUCCAACGCUGUGCAAGCUAAAAAAUCUCGAAACUCUCGACCUGUCGGUGUCACGCGCGAAUGUCGAUGGAAACUAUCUAACGCCUAACAAAUUGCUAGCAAACUUAGUUGAAAAUCUACCAAAACUGCGACAUUUGGACAUCUCCGGUACGAACCUAGCCGGUGAUGGUGUAGCCGAGCGGGCAGGCUCUUGCACGGGAAACAGCUCGGACAUCCCGGGGCUGGUUAGCAGGGUGGAUCGUCCGUUGGACUUUCUCGGUAUUUACUAUACCUCUCAUUCGGCGUGCAAAUGGCACGACAUUCCGGCCCUUAGGGUCGCCGGUGAGGCAACUGAAGAGCAGAUCUUGGUAGCGGCCGUAGCCUAUCAAGAUCGGCACGAACUGCUGACGAAGGUACUGAACGAUCUGUACCAUCUGUUGCGGUUCGAAACGUGCAAACAAAUUCACAAAGCAUUGGACGUGGUACUGUCGGCAAUGGAUAAGCACAUACGCGUGAAAAAUAUACAGAUCAGUGGCAGUGCCACCUUAUUCUACAUCGUAAAGGGAAGAGAAAAAAUGAAAUUCGGCGUACCAUUGAAGAACCACAUCAUUCACACACUGUUGAACGGAAUGUCCACUCAUCUGACGGAUGAUACAAUGAUGCGUAAUGGUUGUUUAACGUUGUGCCAGUUCAACAUACCGCUCGAUGUGAUGUUUGAAUACGAGCGGCUGGUUCACAUAUUGUUGCACGGAGUAUCGUACCGAGAGCAGGAAGGAUUCGUGCAGCGCAUUGCAAUCUAUCUUCUAAACUCACUCGCCUGUCAGGUGGACGGCAGUCAGAAGUUGUUUUUGGGCGAUCUCGGUGCUAUAUCGACAAUGUUGAACUUAAUCAACGACCGAUUAUCGAGGCGUGUCUUUGACGACGUUAUGGAAGUGGCCUGGUCGACGAUGUGGAACGUAACCGACGAGACGGCAAAGAACUGUGAACGGUUUCUUGAUGGGCGCGGCAUGGAAUAUUUCCUCGGUUGUUUAAAGCUAUUCCCCGAUCGGGAUGAGCUGCUGCGCAACAUGAUGGGCUUGCUAGGUAAUGUGGCGGAAGUAAAGGAGCUACGGCCACGCCUGAUGACGCCCGAGUUUAUAACCGAGUUUUCCGAUUUGCUCGAUUCGUCCAGCGAUGGCAUUGAGGUCAGCUAUAAUGCCGCUGGCGUGUUGGCCCAUAUUGCUUCGGAUGGUGCCGAUGCGUGGACGAUACCGAGACCGACUAGGUACAGCGUGUUGGUGCGCAUGGUGGAAGCUAUCGAACGAUGGGAUCUGUCGGCCGAGCGUAACAUCAACUAUCGGAGCUUCGAGCCGAUUCUAGGGUUGAUUCGCUGCUACCAUACGCCUCAGUGUCAACAUUGGGCCAUUUGGGCACUAGCGAAUCUAACCAAAGUCUAUCCGACCAAGUACUGCCGGGUGGUGGAGCAGGAGCAUGGUAUAGAGCUGUUACAGGAGCUAAUCGAUCAUCCGCAGCCGUAUCCGCGCCUGAAGGAGCUAGCUCAGAUUGUGCUGACGCACUGUCGUAAUCUCAGCGAACCGAUGAACGGCACUGCAACGACCGAUGGGAUCAACAACACGGACCCGAACGUGAUGGAACUGGAUGGCUAAAAGCUUUUCCUUCCUUUGCGCAUUCGCGUCCUGUUUCCAUUGGGUCCGCAUCGGCAGACAUCGGCAGACAUCAACAAUAGGACACAUAGUGUAGCAUCACAAGUGAUAUAGCGAGCGUAAAACAAAAAGAAAAAAAACCCUAAAGCAACUGGCUUAUAUUGCCACGAUGAAGGUGUAUGGAGAGCUAGAAAGAGCGAAGUAUAAGGGGCAAAGAAAAGCGGGAUCGGCUUCAUUAGGCGUGUUGACUCUGUUUAGGCAAACAUUCUGCGGGCGUAAUAAAAAUGUCAGUUACCCAAUCGAAACCUGGUGCCGGAUGACGGGUAUCGUAACGCACAGUGUUAGUCGUCAUCUCGCUGGAAAGAUUCGCCGCUAGUAUGUGUUAAUGAGGCAGCUGGCUGUUCCGCUUCGGGCGCCAUUUUGUAGAUAGAACGUACCAUCAUUGCCUACUUUUCUUGCUACCUUCUGUUCGAUUCUGUUGUUGUUAUUGGUAAUAGCUUCCCGCUUCCCGUUGGAUAGCCAUUUUUUCACAUGUUGUCCAAAGCAAACACAAACUGGUUGUUCAGGAAACGCUACUGAUUGGGGAAACGUGUGAAAACCGCUGCGUUGUGGUAAUAAUACUGUACAGGAUGUAAGCAAAAGUGCUGAGUUCAGGUGUUGAAGCAUGAUGGGGAAACAGCACAUGUUUCUGUUCUUCUUUUCGCAGAAGUAUGCUUAGGUUCGGUAAGGUUUAUUUUUUGUUUAAUUUGUUGCGUGUAAAUAGUGUGAAGCGGAAUGUCCAUAGUACGACGUGCGUGCGUUUGUUUUUUUGUGAAUAUAAAAAAACAGCAAAGUAAGAAAGGUAACAUGCCAACGUGCAAGUGAUAGCCAAGGAUUAGAAUGGGAGAGUAAAAGAGUGCAAAUGAAAAACGAAAGAGACGAAUGAAGGAAAAACAAACACGUGUUUAUUCUGUUUUUGGAGUAUUGCUUCGUGAGAGUACUAUUAGUAAUUUCUGCAAGCUUUUUUUGUAGUCUCGUAUUGGUUUUUUUUCUUACGCUUUGCUGGACUGUUCGUUCAUUGGUACAUCGUACUUUCUUUUUGCUUGUCUACGGAAAAGAUCGAAAGAAGAAACGGCUUCCGGAGGUGUGCGUAAGACGUUUCAUGUCAACAAAUGUUGAAGAAUGUUAUUCAAGAUGAUAUUAUAAAUUCACCUAUGUUAUGGUUGUGUGUCCGUUGUUUAA